UUUGGUGAUGAUCGCAACUGCAUCAUCAAUGGCGUGGCGCGAUUUGGUAUUGUGAGUUUUAGUGUGCAUAAACUAACACAUACGUUAGUGAAUGAGUGGAGGAGGAGGAAGAGCUAAACAAAAAUUUCACAUUUUGUCAUGUGCGUUUGUGAAUCUAGGGUUGGAAAUGUCACGUCAAGUGGGGCAGAUUUGAGCAUUAUUUGUUUGUGAAUUUAGAAAUACGUCGUUUGUCCUGGGCCAAAUACCGGGGCGGGCUUCAAUUUAUGAAUCUUCAUAUCUUCUUUGGUGGAUUUGAGUGGAUAUUUUUGCUUUUUUGUUCAUUCUUGGCUUGAUAUCAUCAUUAUCAUCAAGAGUUUCCUGCAAAAGCUUUAAUGUGGUAGACUAUGGAGCCAAAGGGGAUGGAAUGACAGAUGAUUCCCAAGCUUUUCUGAAUGCAUGGAAGGAUGCAUGUUCUUCGAAUACGCAUAGGUCUCCUCAAGUGAUCAUUCCUGCAGGCUCAACAUUUCUGGUUAAACCAGUUCAAUUUAAUGGCCCCUGCAUGUCUAAACAUACUGUUUUCCUGGUGUCAGGUACGGUUGUUGCACCGGGCUCACCACCGGAUUGGAAUGGGCUCGACACAAGUCAGUGGCUAAGUUUCAAUGGUGUAAAUGGGCUGAUUGUUGAUGGUGGAGGGAUAAUUGAUGGACAAGGGAAGAAAUGGUGGGAUCAAUCAUGUAGAGAUCAUCCCAAUAUGGAAGGAUGCACAUGCUUGGCUCCAUCUGCAAUGAAGUUCAUGUACUGCAAUAACACCACUCUCAACAACAUCCAUUUUGUCAAUAGCCCUCAAACGCAUAUGCAACUUUUUGUAUGCAGUGGCUUCAACAUUAACAAUUUGACUGUUCAAUCUCCUGGAGAUAGUCCAAAUACCGAUGGCAUUCACAUCCAUGCUUCUGAGCAUGUGGUCAUCACCUAUUCUAAAAUAAGUUGCGGAGAUGAUUGCAUUUCCAUUGGAGACUUCACUCAUGAUGUUGAAAUAAAUAAUGUCCAAUGUGGUCCAGGCCAUGGUAUAAGUGUUGGAAGCUUAGGAAAGAGUGGCAAUUAUGUUGAAGUGAAAGACAUUCAUGUCAGCAAAUCUACCUUUUAUGGGACAACAAAUGGAGCUCGGAUCAAGACAUGGCAGACUGGCAAAGGAUAUGCACGGAACAUAACGUUUGAAGAUCUACAAAUCUUUUCGGUAUAUAACCCCAUCAUCAUAGACCAAAACUAUUGCUCCGUUCCUGGGACAUGCAUGGAACAGGACACUGGGGUUCAAAUCAGUGAUGUAGUUUUCCAAAGAAUAAAUGGGACAGCAACUUCAGAGGCAGCCAUAAGCCUCAACUGCAGUAAGGCAGUGCCGUGCUUAGGAAUAAAACUGGAUUCCAUAGACAUAACGCCACAGACACCCUCGGUGCCAGUUGCAGCUUGUUGUAGCAAUGCACAUGGCGAGGAAACUAGCGUGGAGCCCGGGCCUUGUCUAAAACAAGACUGAUUCAAUUUGUUCCUUAUAAUGCCAAUAUUACAGUAUAUGCCAUGGAAGUACACUGAAAUUUCCUAUUGCUGAAGUGAGAUUUUGGGCCAUGAUUACCAGCAUCUAUCAGUUUCUCUUGGUUUUUAGCUGUCAUACUCAACAAGAAUACCUGCUUAUUUUUACCCAUGUAUUUUUUUUUCAUUUACAUUUAUAAUUCUCCAUUGUUUUACAAAGCUUCAUUUUUUUGUUGAAGUUUUCACCAUUGUUUUCUCAUUUUGAAGCUUUUAGUGUGCUGUGUGUCGUGUGUAUUCACUGAAAUCAUGGCUGAACUAUUGUCUCUUGUUUUGAGAGAUUUGGAGUGUAAUAUGACAGAAUAUAAUUUUUUUGUAUUUAUACAAGCAAAAGAAUUUGUGGUUA